AUGCGUGUAUUACGUGAUAUGAAUCUAUCAAAAUUAAUUGAUGAAGAUGAACCAUUAUUUUUAUCUUUAUUAGAAGAUCUUUUUCCUGAUAUUAAAUUAGAUAAAGAAAAAUAUGAUGAUUUACAAAAAGCUAUUCAAAACAAAAUUGAUGAAUAUGGUUUAAUUAAUUAUAAUGAAUGGAAUUUGAAAGUUAUUCAAUUAUAUGAAACACAAUGUGUUCGACAUGGUAUUAUGGUACUUGGACCAUCAGGAGCUGGAAAAACAAAAUGUUGUCAAAUUUUAAUGGGAGCAUUGACAAUUUUAGGUACGCAUACGGUAAGAUUGAAUAUUAUAGGUACAUCCAUCAGAAACAUACGACAAUUGACAAAGGUAUUGGUGCUAACGGCGAGAUGAACAUGGAUUUUGAAGAGCAUGUUGUGAUGAAUUUAUUGGUGAAAGAGACAGAUCUGUCGCUAUUGCGAAGAAAGUUAUUACCAUUUUAUUCAUUGAGUAAAAAGAAUGACCGAAAUUUUGGGAACCUGAGGAAAAGUAGUGGAGUUGUACAUUUUCUCAGGUAUUUUGACACAUUGUAUGAAGUUCAUAUCGUCUAGCAUUCCGUUAGAAAAUGGGCGCGGAUGAUUUUAAAUGAAAGAGCAUUGAAAAUAUUAUAUACGCAGUAAAAAAGUUUGUACUAUGCAGAAACUUUGAGAUAAUUGGCUUUGAUUAUCAGAGUUGUCUAGAUUUAUUCGAAUACUAGCAGAAGUAAUCGGCGUUGCCCGGGAAAGUUCACAGUUAAUAUAUGGAAACAAUACGCAGUUGUGUUUGAGAAGAUCUCAAAAGCCUAAUUAGUUGGCAGUAGAUAUACACAACUACUAUUUUUGCCUCCGUGCUGAUUUUGUUCUAAACUCUCAGACGUAUUCUGAGUCUCGAUUCCAUCUGAUCCCACCCUCAAAGACUAUAGAAUAACAUUGAAAGAUUGCUCUGAUGUGAGGAAUUCUUCGUCCUUUUUAUGUGUAGAUCGAGAAGACCUUGGUAGUUCAUAUAAAUUUGAUCGAUUUUCUAUAUUUCCAAAUACAUGUCGGAGCACACACUUAUCUCAAUCGGUUCUGAUCCCGAUUGGCUCUUGUUUUACCUGUUGAGAGUUUCAGUCCGGAUCCCGUAGUUGUUUGAUUCUAUAUUUAGAAGGAACCCAUUUGAGAGAUCAAUUUUCCGACAGACAUGCAAGGAAAACUCGCUUCUAUCAAACUCAACACAACUAUACAUCCACUUGAUCUAGAACUUCAGUUUUACAAUAUCUAUUGAACAGGAGAGUUACGACAGUAUAUCGUGCUUUACACUGCUGAAAACACACUGAAUUUUGAUUGGUUGCAACGAAACACAGACAAAAAGACCUUCGGGCAAAAGAUCUGUUAAGAACUUGUCUCAUAGAAAUCUACGACGGAUAAAAUCUUGAGCUUAGUAGAUCACUUAUUUGAAAUUCCUACCAGAGAUGAUCUCCAAAAUAUCAGUUUCUCUAAAACUCCAUGUGUGUUUGACAUGGCUCACCCAGUCAAGUCACCGGUCGUCCAGUAAGGUAUCGUGCUCGACAGAUUUCAGAUUUCUAAUGUCCUUCUUGCGAUCGUUCAGUGACACUCAUUUACCCAAAAACUUGAUGUCUGUUGAUUCUGCACAAAUCAUUAAGUUAUCGAGGUGAUUGGAGCCCAGAUUCGAAUUUAUCACAUCUAAAACCCCUGCCUCAUCAUUUUCUUUCAUUCUCAACGUUCUUUCAUUUAAAACUAUGCGCGCCCAUUUUUUGAAACAGAAUGCGAGGCGGUGUGAUUAUCAUACGAUAAGUCAGCGUAGCUAUAACAAGGCAAAAUUUCACUAUUUUUUCUAGAUGAGUAAAACAGCAAUAACAUUUUUUUUCACAAUAACUACAGGUCUACAACUUACACCAAUAAAUUUAACACAGCACGCUCUACAAGAUCCAUGUUAUCUCACCGC